CGGUCAUGUAGAGUCACUGACGCUCAUAUCACCCUAUGUAGCUUUCUCAUGGUUUCUCAAUAAAACCUUAAUUCUUUCUCCUCACUCUCACUCUCAAGGUACUCCAAUCAAACCCUAAUCAUUCUCUUAAUCACUCGCUUUACGGUACGAUUUUCAGUUGAUUAGGUUUGAUUGAUUUGAUAUGGGGUUUGUGGAUCUGCAUGUUUGGUUGCAGAGAAAAUUUUUUGGGAAGUAAUCGUAGGAAUAAAUGUACUUCAAUUAAUCAACGUCGGAAAAGAACAAGACGCAGUACCGGAAAACAGGGCGAUCCGCAGGCUCUAAUCGGCAGCACAGGGGAUACUCCCGCGCUUGGCCUAAGGGCACCGCUGCCGGCGCCGGUGGGCCCGUCCUUUUCAUUUCCUCCAACCACAGUUAUAAGAAGAAUACUAACAAUACGCAAGGAGGACAAUCCAGGGCAAGUGUAACUAGUGUAAGUCGUCAGGUUUCCGGUAUGGUUCCUGCACAACGUGGUGGUGUACAAAAUGGAGCCCAUGCACAGCCCCAAUUGCAUGGAGGUUCUGAUGUACCCAUUGCAAGCACAGCUCCCCAGACAGCUGAGGCAUCAGCCCCUCAGAGAUGCUUCCGAAUUGUUCCAAAGCCUCUGACUUCUCAAUCUGUCUCCGUGACUUCUGACACAAGAAAACCCACUACACCAGCAAAGCCCCCAGGAGAUGCGUCCAAGGGCAUUUCUGUUCAGGUUGGGAUGUCCAUGCCAAUGCCAUUUCAUCAGCCACAGGUUCUGGUGCAAUUUGGUGGCCCCAACCAGCAGAUCCAAUCUCAGAGUAUGAGCUCCAGUUCAAUUCAAAUGCCAAUGCCUGUGCAAUUACCAAUUGGUAGUACUCAAGUACAGCAGCCAGUGUUUGUUCCAGGUCUCCAGCCCCAUCCAAUGCAGCCCAAGGGAAUUAUGCAUCAGAGCCAGAACAUGACUUUUACCCCCCAAAUGGGUCCUCAGAUACCUCAGACAGGCAACUUGGGGAUCAGCAUGGCGUCACAAUGCCCCCAGCAACUGGGUAGUAAUUUUGGUGUUUUGAGGAGUCCGUGUGCACGGACACCAGUUCAGCAGCAUGUUAGAGGGAUCCUGCCUGGUCUUGCUCACUCUGUUGGUCAUCAGGGAGGGAUGCAAAGAAAUAAUUCUGAUGCCGACAGGUCUCAGAGAGCUACGAAUUUUCAACCUAAGGGCUUGAUGCCUUCUCCUCAUACUCCAUUACAGGUGAUGCACCAAGCUGACAGGAAGAAUGAAGUGGGUAAAGUGAGUGAUGAAGAGCUGGCCAAGCAAAGGAAGUUAAAGGCUAUACUGAACAAGUUAACUCCUCAAAACUUUGAAAAACUAUUCGAGCAGGUGAAAGCUGUUAAUAUAGAUAAUGCAACGACUCUAACUGGCGUCGUUUCACAGAUCUUUGACAAGGCUGUUAUGGAGCCUACUUUCUGUGAGAUGUAUGCUAACUUCUGUUUUUAUCUUGCCGGAGAGUUGCCUGGUUUCAGUGAAGACAAUGAAAAGAUAACUUUUAGGAGAUUGCUUUUGUGCAAGUGCCAGGAGGAAUUUGAGAGGGGAGAAAGAGAGCAAGAGGAGGCCUAUAAGGCCAAUGAAGAGGGUCAGGUGAAACAGUCUGAAGAAGAAGAAGAGGAGAAAGGAAUCAAAGCGCGAAGACGAACAUUGGGUAACAUUAGAUUAAUUGGGGAACUAUACAAAAAGAAAAUGUUGACGGAGAGAAUUAUGCACAAAUGCAUUAAAAAGUUGCUAGGUCAGCAACAGACUCCAGAUGAGGAAGAUAUUGAAGCUUUGUGCAUACUAAUGAGCACAAUUGGGGAGAUGAUUGAUCAUCCGAAAGCCAAGGAGCACAUGGAUGCAUAUUUUGAAGGGAUGAAAAGCUUAUCGAAUAACAUGAAAUUAUCUUCUAGGGUUAGGUUCAUGUUGAAGGAUGCAAUUGAUUUGAGAAAGAAUAAAUGGCAGCAGAGGAGGAAAGUUGAAGGACGAAUAAAGAUUGAGGAAGUACACAGAGAUGCUGCACAAGAACGACAAGCACAGUCUAGUAGGCUGGUCCGUGAUCCUGGAAUCAAUCCAUCAGCUAGAAGGGGGCCUCCUAUGGAAUUCAGUCCAAGAGGAUCGACUAAGUUAUCUUCACCUAAUGCCCACAUGAAAUUAACUCCUCAAAACUUUGAAAAACUAUUCGAGCAAAGGCACCAAGCUGACAGGAAGAAUGAAGUGGGUAAAGUGAGUGAUGAAGAGCAGGCCAAGCAAAGGCAGUUAAAGGCUAUACUGAACAAGUUGACUCCUCAAAACUUUGAAAAACUAUUCGAGCAAGUGAAAGCUGUUAAUAUAGAUAAUGCGAGGACUCUAACUGGUGUCAUUUCACAGAUCUUUGACAAGGCUCUUUUGGAGCCUACUCUCUGUGAGAUGUAUGCUAACUUCUGUUUUUAUCUUGCCGGAGAGUUGCCUGAUUUCAGUGAAGACAAUGAAAAGAUAACUUUUAAGAGAUUGCUUUUGAACAAGUGCCAGGAGGAAUUUGAGGGGGGAGAAAGAGAGCAAGAGGAGGCCAAUAAGGCCGAUGAGGAGGGUCAGGUGAAACAGUCUGAAGAAGAAAGAGAGGAGAAAAGAAUCAAAGCGCGAAGACGAAUGUUGGGUAACAUUAGAUUAAUUGGGGAGCUAUACAAAAAGAAAAUUUUGACUGAGAGAAUUAUGCACGAAUGCAUUAAAAAGUUGUUAGGUCAGCAACAGACUCCAGAUGAGGACGAUAUUGAAGCUUUGUGCAAACUAAUGAGCACAAUUGGGGAGAUGAUUGAUCAUCCGAAAGCCAAGGAGCACAUGGAUGCAUAUUUUGAAAGGAUGAAAAGCUUAUCGAAUAACAUGAAAUUAUCUUCUAGGGUUAGGUUCAUGUUGAAGGAUGCAAUUGAUUUGAGAAAGAAUAAAUGGCAGCAGGGGAGCAAAGUUGAAGGACCGAAAAAGAUUGAGGAAGUGCACAGAGAUGCUGCACUAGAACUACUGGCACAGUCUAGUAGGCUGGCCCGUGGUCCUGGAAUCAAUCCAUCAGCUAGAAGGGGGCCUCCUAGUCCAAGAGGAUCAACUAUGUUAUCUUCACCUAAUGUUCAUAGUUUCGAUAGAACUCUUCCAACUUCACCACCCACACGUGCACAUGGAGCAGCUUUAACACAAAAUGUUCCUUCAGAAAAUGUGUUGACUGAAGAUAGUCUUAGAGAUAUGUCUUUGGCAGCGAUUAGAGAAUUUUACAGUGCUCGAGACGAGAAAGAGGUUGCUUUAUGCAUUAAAGAGUUGAACUCACCAAGUUUCCAUCCGUUGAUGAUAUCUCUUUGGGUCAUAGACUCUUUUGAGAGGAAGGACGCUGAAAGAGAUCUCUUGGCAAAGCUUCUAAUCAACCUCACAAAGACCAAUGAUGGAACUUUGAGUCAAUCUCAGCUCAUCAAGGGGUUUGAAAUUGUUCUGUCGACCUUAGAGGAUACGGUGAUUGAUGCCCCGAGAGCACCAGUGUUUCUUGGCCUUAUCUUUGCCAAGGUCAUUUUAGGAUUGUCGUUUCCUUGAAUUAGAUCGGUCGAUUAAUACACGAAGAUGGAGAGGAGCCAGGGCUUCUUCGGGAAGUAGGGCUUGCAGGCAACAUUCUUGGGGACCUCUUGGAGAUUAUCAAGUCGGAGAAGGGUUUGAAGACGUACAGAGAUUAUCCGUCCGUCCUCCAACUUGUGGUUGGAGACUUUUCGGCCCUCAGAUCCUCUCAAAUCAAGGAUUCUAGAGAAAUUUAUUUAGAGAUUAGUGAUGCUCAUUGUAAUCGUGCUAGAAGGAAUUCAUGACUGGUAGCGUUCAAAAACUCAUAAUUAUAUGCCUGCAAUGAAGACUUUUUGUACCGAAACUAUGAUUACAGUAUGCAUAAUAUCGUGUAUGUAUUCUAUUAUAUCCCAAAAAAAUGUAACUAACUGCAAAUUCAUAUGUAUUUGUAAAUUAUUAAGUCCUCAAAACUUUGCAUUUUCUUUUUGUA